GCAAUUAGACAGCGCGGAUUGGCUGAUGCGCACGUGGGUCGCGCGACGCACGCAGCUGACGCAGCUGCGGUUUCACGGGUUUCACGCACGUACGGAUUUGCGUGCGCACUGCGCGGUGUCCGCGAUGCCGUACCUGUUGAUCUCAACCCAGAUCCGAUUGGAGAACGGGCCGACAAUCGUAGGAGACCGAAACAGCGAUCCCACUCUGAUGGAGCAUCUUUGCGCGCGCAAGAUCACCCAGCCCGGAAACGACUUCCCUGAGUACCGGACCGACGAUCCACCCCGCACUGUUUUGAACAAGCUAGAGUUGAUGGGCUACCGCGUGGUGGCAAUGUCCGGCAUUGGCCAGACUUGCAUCUGGACUUUACACAAGCAGUGAUUCCUCGUGCCACCAUCACGUCGUUCUCUGCAUUUACCGCUCGUGAUGCCACCGCUAGCGUUGAUCGCUCGUCCCGUGCUUUCAUUUUUUGCCUGCCUUGUUUCAAACCGCUUACAAUGCCACUGCUAGCAUCGAACGCUUCUCCCACGCUUCCAUGUUUUUACGCCUACUUCAUCUCAAGCUGCUGGCAGUUGCUGGGUAAAAGGGUCCAAUCACUCAGCCUAGGGCCAUAUUAUUGGUGUAUCGCUAUCACGGAUAUGACCUUUCUCACAAGAGUUCGUGUAACUCUGUCCCAUGGUUACUCCAUGCUAAGGUUACGCCAUGCUAAGUUUCCUUGUAAUCUCUGUUUGGUUUGCAAAGUGGGUACUACUCUAAUCAGCUGGCAUGGAAGAAUGUGACAUGUUCAGAGUAGCAACUGCGGACAUAUUCACACCUACGGCUGACAGUGUUCCUCUCAAUGUGCCAAGCACUCUGUCUUGGCACAAUAGCCUGUUAUGCGCAGUGGUAUGGGAGGGGGGAAUUUUUUUUCCCUUGUACUAUCUUUUUCCUCAGCCCAAACACUUAUACACAUUUACACAUUGGCACAGUGCUAGGAAUGCUGUCACCCAUAUACAACACUUCCAAUGCCGAAUCGUGCAUCAUCCUGCACAAGCAACCAUGGUCUCACGUUCGACAGACUGAGAAUAUUGCUCCUGAAGAGCUGGUCUCUUUUUUAACAAUUCCAAAGUUAAACACCGAAGAGAGGCAACUGCCAGCCCCCCCCCCCCCCUUCCCAGUGAAUGGUGCGACAUCAAACAGACAAUUCGGAUAAACGGCAGCUGAUAUGGGGAUAUGGUGCGCCUUCCUGUUUGUCUUACUUAUGUGCUUGCUUUACACCUGCAGUGCUCGUCUCUUUGUCUUAUCUUCUACAUGUUUAUAUAUGAAUUCCAAGCAACUGGCCCGAAUUUCUUUUUUGCUGCUGCCUUUCUCAACUUAAUCAGUGCAGCUUGCAACGACUCCCGUUCGGUAUAUGAACACAUUGUGAUAGACGUACCGACGUAGCCAUUGCACCUCAGACUAGUGCAAACAGCUGCUUGGCGCCGAACGCAACUACUGCUGCUUCUCUGCAACGGACUGCCUGAGAACAAUGUCAAGUUACGGACAGAAGGGCACAUAUCAAGGAGUGAUGAAGCAUUUACAACUUCUUGCCAUGUUCAACGUGGCUGUGGACCAGUUGAGGAACAAAAACCCUGGUCCACUCUUUGUAUCCUGCUGAAACAAUGAGGCCUUGUUCAAAGUACUAAAGAACUUACUGUUAUUGUUGGCUGACCAAGCUUCUUUGCACUUUUGUUGCUCGACAUAAAGUUUUUUUUUU